AUGGCACACAAUCACAGCCACAAUCACGAUCACUACGACGGCCAUGGCCCCCUUGAACAUGGCGACCACGACCACUCGCAUGAUCUCGAACCAGCGCUACAAUCCAGUCUUUACAGCCAGAUCGACUUCGACGCUAUCAGUACGCUCAACGAAGCGACACCGCGCUCCGGCGCGGCCAUCGUGCAAAAGACCUGGAAUGACCGCCUCAACGACACACCCAUCCUAAACAGCGACGCAGACGAGCAACUUCUUAUGCACAUCCCGUUCACUGGAUCCUGCAAGCUAUACUCGGUCAUCAUUCGCACCUCAGACACACCCUCUGCUCCGAAGACCCUCAAGCUCUUCCGCAACCGCGACCAACUCGACUUUGGUGAUGCAAGUGACCUGAAGCCCAUACAGACUCUGGAGUUGCCACGGACCAACGAGGUUGCUGAAAUACCGCUGAACCGGGCGCAGUGGAACAUGACCACGUCGAUCCAUCUGUUCUUCGAGAACAACCAUUCGGACGGCGAGGAGGACGUGACGACCAUCUCUUAUCUAGGGUUCAAGGGCGACUUCAUGGCGCUGAAUCGAGAACCUGUCAAUGUGCUGUAUGAGGCAGCGGCCAACCCAAGCGACCAUAAGAUGAUCCAGGGCUUGACGAACAGCAACACGCAGAUGCCGGGCCAGUAG